CGUUGUCUACAUAGGCCCGGGCAUUGUACGUUUUUGUGUUGUGAGAAUAGCACGCUUAUCUUGACAAUGAUUUUAAGAAUCUUAAUUUAAAAAAUAAGCUGUGUUGUAACGCAAGUUACGCAAGAGCAUUUAUUACGUUUUUAGAGCGAUUUUAACAGUCCGCGACGUGGGCAUGGUCGUGGGUGCUGCAGCUGGAUGCUACUCUCCAAUCAAAAAAUAUAAAGAAAUGGCACGCUUAUCUUGAAACUUAUUUUAAGACUAUUAAUAUAUAUAUUUAAAAUUCAAGCUGUGGUAAUACACCCGUUAUUUUUUAGAGCAGUUUUAAAGGUCCGCGUCGUGGCCUCAUCUGCGUGGGCGUGUCUGUUGCCAUUGACGUCACGUAUCUGUUUGAAGAACUUUCCACGAGCCUCGGCCGAGAUCCGCCAUCUUGGAGCAAGAGCCAGCGAUCCUCUCGUUUGUUCGCGUCCGCUGACCGAUCUGCGUCACAGGAUCGACAAACGUGUCUUUUUUUCAUCAAAUCUGUGUGUUACUGUGUGAUGAAUAUGCGGCAAUCCAAGAGAAUGCGGUCGCGUUCGCCCGGCUUGUGGCAGAACGAGUACAGCUGGGAGGAGAGGGUGGACGGCAGGAAGCGGCGGCGGAGAGACUCUCACAGCAGUGAGAGGGAGAACAAGUCCCGCCGCCAGCACAGUCACUACAGGCCCUACGACGGCCAUUACCUGGAGACCCGCAACCUCAACCAGAAGCCGGCCUCCAGGGACAGCCUGGCGUACCGGGACGCCAGCGGGGCCAUGGGCUACAAGGACGGCCGCGGCCCCGCCUGCCGGGACCCCCGGGAGCCCCGGGACCGGGAGCCCGUCUGUAGGGACCAGCGAGACGCCCGGGACCAGCGAGAGAUCCGGGACACCCGGGACCAGCGAGACACCCGGGACACCCGGGACCAGCGGGACAUGCGUGACCGGGAGUGGCACCACUACAGCAAGUCGUCGUGCCGCAGCGGGCGGAGCGGUCGCAGCCGGCGCAGCAGGAGCCGGCGACGGGACCGCGGCCGCCGCCGGAGCCCCUCCCACCACAGCUCGUACUCGAGGAGGAGCCAUCGGCGCAGGAAAAGAUCCAGGAGUGUUGAGGAUGAUGGCGAGGGUCACCUCAUCUAUCACAUUGGAGACAUGCUGAGAGCGAGAUAUGAGAUAAUGUCCACUCUAGGAGAAGGAGCCUUCGGGAAGGUGGUGGAAUGCAUUGAUCAUAACAAUGGUGGACCUCGCAUGGCUCUGAAGAUCAUUAAGAACAUUGACCGCUACCGAGAGGCGGCCUUGUCUGAGGUAGAGGUCCUUGAACAGAUGAACUCGCUGGAUUACGACCGCAAAUAUCCAUGUGUGCGCAUGUUGGACUGGUUCGACUACCACGGCCACGUGUGCAUCGCCUUCGAGCUGCUCGGCCUCAGCACCUACGACUUCCUGAAGGAGAACAACUUCCAGCCUUUCCCCAUCGAGAACAUCCAGCACAUGGCCUACAGCAUCGUUAGAGCGUGCCGCUUUCUGCAUAAGAACAAGCUCACGCACACGGACCUGAAGCCGGAGAACAUCCUCUUCAUCGACUCCCAGUACGACAUCGAGUACAGCCCCAUACUGAGGAGAGACCAGCGCACCCUGAAGAACCCGGAGGUGAAGGUUGUGGACUUUGGCAACGCCACCUAUGAACACGAGCACCACACGUCGGUGGUGUCCACCCGGCACUACCGCGCCCCCGAGGUCAUCCUAGAUCUGGGCUGGGACCAUUCCUGUGACGUGUGGAGCAUCGGGUGCAUCCUGGUGGAGUAUUACCUGGGCACCACGCUGUUCCAGACCCACGACAGCAAGGAGCACCUCGCUAUGAUGGAGCGCAUCCUGGGCCCUAUCCCCACCCACCUCCUCCAGAAGACCAGGAUUGGAAUUGUCUUCUCCAGGAAACGUCGCUACGUUCACCGCUACAAGCUGGACUGGGACGGGAACAGCUCGUCAGGGAGGUUCGUCAAGAAGAGCUGCAAACCGCUCAAGGAGUACAUGAUGUGUCAGAGCGAGGACCACCAGAACUUUUUUGACAUGGUGGAGAAGAUGAUGGCGUACGACCCGGCCAAGCGCCUCACCUUGGAGCAGGCCAUGAGGCACCCCUUCCUCGCUGGCCUGCACAAGACGAACAGCAGCCGUAACCACCACCGGAGCAGCAGUAACCACAACAACAGCAGCAGCAGCCGCAGCAGCAGAGGCAGCAAGUUUUAACCCCCAGCCCUCUGUCAGGACCCCCGCCUGCAUGAAGACCGUUCUCUGAACCCGGAACACAAGCCUGCUGUCUGACUCUCUGGGAGAGAUUGUGAACUUGACGACUGUAUCAGUCCACCUGCCCUAUCCUCUUAUCCUGGUUAUGAACAGAAACGGCCCGAUCUCGGCAUCAAUGUUUCAACGCUUCCCUCUGGAUUUCUUUGGUUUAUUUAUUCGUCAUUGUAAAUGUAAAAGUUUUCUCAAGAUCUUUUUUUUUUCUUUUUUUUUUACUGUCCAUAAUGUAAACUUGAGAUUUAAAUGUAAAAAAGUUAUGCUAAGGUUUGAUAAUUGUAAAUGCUGGGGCUAGGGGCAGAGAUUCUGUACAUUUGAUCAAUUGACUUGUGCCGUUUUCCUUUACGGCUAUUUUUUGUCUUGAGGGGAUUUAUAACUUUUGCAACCAUGUUCUUUUCUCAAUAAACGAUGUAUUUCGUACCGAUGAUCGGUCUCUCUUUGAAUGGGCGGCCCCCGCUAGAGGGCAGUAUAGAGCUGCUGGGUUAGACUCGGAAUUAUUCUUGACCUUUCCUACGGAUUAAUUUAGAUAUAUAUGCAGCCUAUUAUGUUCGAAUAGUUAAAUUGGCUAACCGACAGCACUGGUAAAUAGCGAAAAAUAGUCUAUGGAAAUAAAUCAAAAAGUAAUAAAUGAAGUCUUUGUAUAAAUCAAUGAACGAUCCGGGAAUAUAAUAAAAAAAAUUAUAAAAUCUCUCAAGAUGUCUAUCCAGCCCUCGUGUCAAUCAAUCACUUGAUUAAAGCGCGAUCCAUCUGCUGCCUCCCACGUGGCCAACAGGGCGGGACAUCGUGGAACACAACUUGUGGAGACAGCUUGACCCGCUGCAGGUCUCACAUCCUAAACACUCACGAGCAGGGAACACCUCCUCUGGUCCAUGUCCAGAGUCAGACCCUCACAACCUGACAUUACGCACGCACUAACCUGCUCUUGUCGCCAACACUUGAAGAAUUGAACCCUUUGCUGAGAACAAUACUGGACGUUUUAUAGAUUGGUUGUUCUGCGCGGCGCUCUAUAAAGUUUGAAGUCGCCUUAACACGUUGUUGGAAUUGCGAAUCACCUAACGCAGACACCGUGGUUCACUGGAUCAACGGGACGGUUCUGAAGAGCAGGGUUACAUUUCAGCAUGGAUACAGCGAGGGACUCGAGCGGGGAGAGUAAGCCGGGGUGCCAGUUUGCGCCCAGGUCCGGACUCCGACAGUGGCUGCCAGGGUUGCCCAUCGCUCUGUGUUUGCUGUUGUCCAUGAGCUCCAUCGCGGUGUGUCUUUUGAUGAGCGUGAAGACGUUCCAGCUGGAGAGCCGGCUGCAGACGGAGAUGGACAAAAUCUCAAUCCUCCAGCCGUCGCACAGCGCGUUUCUGAAGGAGGAUGGCACCCUGAUUCCCGAGCUGAGCACCCCGAUUGAAAAGCUCGUUGAAGAGAAACUAACGGUGAUCCCCAAACUCCGAUCAGCCAGGGACGUCGCUCAGGAAUGCUCCUGUCCCCCAGGUAUGU